GUGGGCGUCUCUGUCACAUUCAUCAGUUCAUGUUAAACAUGUAACCAGGAAAGAAACACUCAGAGCUCAUCUGAACACACAUCGAGAGCUUCAGAAGAACUGAAUCUACUAACAACCGAGAAGAUCAUUGAAUAAGAAUGAAGAUCAUCUGGACUUUCACUCUGCUGAUGAUUCCUGGUGUUGUGAGCUCCAUCAGUCUGACAGGAUAUUCAGGAGGUGAAGUCAACAUCACAUGCAAAUAUAAUAUACAGCACAAAGGAUAUACAGCAAAUGCAAAGUAUUUUUGUAGAGGAAAGAAGCCAGGGAAACCAAAGGGUGAAUGGUGCUCUGAACUCAUCAAGACUUGUGAGAAAGAUAAAUGGUUUCAUUCUGGAAGAUUCUCUCUGUAUGACGACACAAGAGCAACAGUUUUCACUGUGACCAUCAGAAAUCUGAGUGAACGUGAUACUGGGACGUACCAGUGUGGAGUUGACAGAACUACAAAAAAAGAUUUCUACACUGAAGUGAAGCUGAACAUUAUAACAGAGAGAAAUGAACACCAAACAACAUCAGCUGAAUCUCCACUGAUCACAUCUUCAUCUCCUGUAACAGGUAGAAUUUCACUGAUUUCUGUCAGUCGGUUCUUCUCUGAUCAUCAGUGUGUCUGUGCUUCUGCUUCUGAUCAUCACUGUGAUUCUGUUAGUGAUCGUGACUCUCUGGAGGAGGCGUCAGUCACACA